AUGGCGCAGAUCGCCCGCGAAGGACCCUGCAACCGGUUGGCGGGGGGCGGGCAGCAGCGCCGGGAGCGGGGCCGGCGGGGGGCGACGGCGGCGGGGGGCGGGCAGAAGAGGGAUCAGACAGACGGCGGGCGCGGCACCGACUCGCCGACGUACGACGGCGACAUCGAGAGCAGCACCACCACCCCCGGGCCCCGCGGCGGCCCCGCCUCCGACUACGGCUUCGGCUACGACUCCUCCGCCAGCACCAGCACCGCCCCCGCCCUCGCGUCCCCCGCCCCCGCCCCUGUCUCGCUCCCGCCGCCCGCCUCGCCGCUCCCCCUCCCGCUCAGCGUGCCCGCCGAGCCCGCGCCCGCCGCGGUCGCGAGGGACGCCUUCGACCCCGCCAAGCUCUCCCCCGCCGACAUCCAGGCGUUCGCCGCGCGCGCGGUCGCCGGCGAGGACCCCGCGCGCGCGUACCGCAUCAACGCGCCCCCGCCCGACCGCCCCGCGCGCAUCUACGCCGACGGCGUGUACGACCUCUUCCACUUCGGCCACGCCCUCCAGCUCCGCCAGGCCAAGCUCAGCUUCCCGCCGAUACCCGUCGCGCGCCUGGCUGGCGCGGGCGCGCAGGCGAGCGUGGGCGGCGAGGCGAGCGUGGUAAGGAGCCCGCUCGACCACGCCCCGCCCCAGGGCACCGUCCCCGGCGUGUACCUCCUCGUCGGCGUCAACUCGGACGAGCAGUGCGAGGAGCACAAGAACAUGGCCGUCCAGAACCACGCCGAGCGGUGA